AUGGCCGCUCAAUCGAAUCUAGGGCUUAGGGCUAGGGCUCCCAUGCCAAGACUUCAAGCUGACACUCAGUUAACUAGUUCAGGGGGAAAGCUACUCUGUAGUCAGGAGUCGACUGGAAGAAUAUUUACGGCAGUUUGGCUUCGUGAAAUGUCAGUUGGGAAGGAGGAGAAAAUGGGAGAUUCAGUCGCAAGCCAGGGGCGCCCUGGGCGCAUUGCAUUGGGUUAUACCGGAGAAAUAUGCAAAGUCGACCAAUUUCACGUCAUCAAGUAUCCAAGAUCUUGGACCGGUGAAGAGGCCGAGGGAUACAACCUCAUACGCCUAGACCAGAUGGAAGUUGAGCGCCAAAUCUACGAACGUCUGGGACCACAUGAAGGGAUCCUUUCCUACCAUGGGCCUGGCGACGAAACCGGUGCGAUCAAGCUGGCAUACGCAACCCAUGGCGACCUCGAGACCUACAUUCGAGCGCAUGAUAUCCCACCCGAGCAAUUUUGCACCGCUUGGAUUCGAUCGUUGAUCUAUGCUUUCUAUUUUGUUUAUUGCCGCAAAGUACUGUAUUUGUUCACAACGAUUUCCUCAAAAUCGCUGAUUUCGCGAACGGUGCGAUCUUCCCACUCGACGCAGAUAUGGAAUCAAUCUGCGCGCAAGAUCUUUUGUCACGGGCCGAUCUAUUGGGAAUCGGCUGUGUCAUCUACUCAAUCGCCUCUUGGACCGUAUUUACUUAUGACUACUUUGAAGAGAAUCGCUUUCCCAGGCCAGAAGAGGUUCCAGCAACUGAUGGCCUCAUUUAUGCAGAGAUCAUCAACAAGUGUUGGGCAGACCAGUAUGCGAACAUUCAGUCACUAUACAACGAUUUCCAAGAAGUUGAACAUAAACACAGCAAGUCGAACCUAUGAGCAUGUUUCAGGGUCUGGUUUUGUCGUCCCCUCGCUCUUGUAUAUCUCAGUCCAUUACCUGGCAUCGCAUUUGAAGGCGAUAUAUGAUCAGGAUUCACGCCUUGAGUUAUUGACUCGAGGCUACGACCGCGUAAACGUUGUGCCGUUCAAAUCACCAGCGACCAGUGACUCUGGUCAAAACAGUGAAUCAAGAGGUCAUUUGGGCAACUCCAACUGUUUGGCAUCGAGCAUCGAUCGUCUAGAUACAGAUACAGUACUUGUCUUGGUUGAAAUGGAUAUCAAUGAGCUUGAUGAAGACGGCCCGCCGGAGCUGGUUUCUAUCGAGCAGCUUGAUACCUCAGAGAGACCAAAAUCUCCUACGGAUGUUGACCUCCCGCGGGUUCCUAUAACUAUUGUGACAGAGUUCGGAGAUUCUGUUGAUAUUGAGAAGUCGCUUACUGUCAAUCAAGAGGGCCAACAAGUUGAAGAAUGGCUAGAGUUGCCCAAUGGCUGCCUCUGUUGCUCAGUGAGAGACACUGGUGUUAUUGCCAUAGAAUCCCUUAUGAGCCGACGCGGCAGUUUCGACUAUAUACUCUUAGAAACCACCGGACUUGCCGAUCCGGGGAACAUAGCUCCCUUAUUCUGGGUAGACGAUGGACUGGGGAGCUCCAUUUAUCUCGACGGCAUCGUUACCCUAGUAGAUGCAAAGAAUAUUCUCCACCAUCUCGAUCAGCCGGAGCCGCAGGAGGCCCAGGAGUCCCCUGACAACACAGUUUUAACUAUCGCUCAUCUGCAGAUUUCACACGCCGAUGUGAUCAUCUUGAACAAGAGCGACCUCGUUACAGCCGCAGAGCUGGAGCAAGUUAAAAGCCGAAUUACAGGGAUCAACGGCCUAGCAGCGAUCCAUAUAACUGACCACAGCAAAGUGCCGCAGAUUGAAGGAGCAUUGCUCGAACUUCAUGCUUAUGAUAGAUUAGCAACUGUUGACUUUACUGAAAAAGGCCAGAGCCAACUUGACCCGUCCAUCUCCACGUUAUCCUUCACAAUACCCGACAUCCCAGAAUCUAAACUUCCCACUAUUGACAAGUGGCUGCAAUCUAUAUUAUGGGAAUGCCAACUUCCAUCAGGGGCACCCGACAGGCCCUUCGACUUUGAGCUGCAUCGUCUCAAAGCAAUUAUUCGCCUCACUAAGGGAAGCGUCAAAAUCGUCCAAGGCGUCCGGGAUAUAUUUGAAAUCACAGAUUCUGAGACACAGCAAGCUUCGGCUAUCAAGGCGUCGAAAUUCGUUCUGAUUGGUAGAGGACUAGGCAAAACUCCGUCGGUAUGGCGGGAGAGUCUGCUUGAGUUCCUUGGGGACGUUAAGAAAGUAGUCUCAAAGGGGGAUGAUUUUUGA